AUGGGUCGGAAGCGGUGUGUCGGUGCAGAUUGUUCCAAGAUGGCGGCCGGGUGCUGCGGGGUGAAGAAGCAGAAACUGUCGGGAUCUCCCGGGUCGGGGGGUCCCGGCGGAGUGGGGGUGGGAAGCGGGGUGGCAGGAACCGGACAUUGUGGCUCGGAGUUGGGGAUUGGCUCCUCCGCGGCUGUUGCAGCUGCGGCAAACGUGAGCCGAGUCAACGGCCUGGGGGGACCCGGGGGUAACGUUAGCGGCGGCAGUAGUGGUAGCAGCAGUGGCACCAACGCUCUGUCACCAGUCCCGGCCGGUUAUACUACAUCUGGCCUCUCCCCGAACAUCAGCCCGGGACCUGGUUCGGGAAGUGGUGGCAGAAAAAUGGUUGUCUCCGCGGAGAUGUGCUGCUUCUGUUUUGACGUGCUUUAUUGCCAUCUGUAUGGAUACCAACCUCCGAGAACACCCAGGUUUACAAAUGAUCCCUUUCCGCUGUUUGUCACAUGGAAAAUAGGCAGAGACAAGCGGUUGAGGGGUUGUAUAGGUACAUUUUCUGCCAUGCAUCUGCACUCAGGACUCAGGGAGUACACCCUUACCAGUGCCCUUAAAGACAGCCGCUUCCCCCCUAUGACAAGGGAUGAGCUGCCUCGCCUCUUCUGCUCAGUGUCUCUUCUCACCAACUUUGAAGAUGUCGGGGAUUACCUUGACUGGGAGGUGGGUAUUCAUGGUAUAAGGAUAGAGUUUUUCAGUGAAAAAGGAUCAAAACGCACCGCCACCUACCUGCCAGAGGUUGCAAAGGAGCAAGGUUGGGACCACAUUCAAACCAUAGAUUCCUUACUACGAAAGGGAGGGUACAAAGCUCUCAUCACAAAUGACUUCAGGAAGACCAUUAAAUUAACCAGGUACCGUAGCGAAAAGAUGACGAUGGCUUAUGCAGAGUACAUCGCCCUCCGCCAGCACCAUCACUACCAGAAUGGCAUUGGUCACCCAGUGCCGUCUUAUAAUCAUUAUUCCUGACAGCGAGCCGCAUGACCAAUCACUGGACCUCUCCGCGGACCUUUUCCCAGGAGAGCCCGCCCCCUCUUGGUCUAGCUAUUUCUACUACUGUACCAUUUUAUGAUGAUAGUUUCCGUUGCCGUGCUGGCCGUCUCCCAGACGUUGACAUGGCAACGGGUGGCAACGAAGCAAACAUUGAUUAUGGCAAGAAAUCCAUGUGUUUCUUUUUGUUUGCCUGUGGUUGAGCUUUUGCAGCAUAUGCAUACCUAUAUCUAUAACCCCCUUUAUUCAUAAUUUUUGAAAAAUUAAACCAAUAUUAGAGUUGAUGAAUAUUGUGUCUUUACAGCAAACCUAAUCAGGUUUUUGAUUCUGUGGAUGGAAGGAAGUUUCGCUUGUGUGGAUUCGUAACAUCUAGGCUUUGCUACAACUUAACAUUUACUAAUAAAAUUAUUUUUCUUCUUUCUUUUUGAAAAUCCUGACAUGGAAUAUCAUGUAGCAAGGCGACUGCAGUUCUCAAAGGCUGUGUCCUCUACUUCAGUUCCUCUCAAAAACUUGAUAGUUCAGGUUGUUUUAGCCUUGUGAACUCUCGUGCUGUAGUUGGAACCAUGUAUUGGGAUGUGUGUACUCCCAAGUGUAGAUAGGAUUGUGACGUCAUUUUUUGCGCCGGCCUUUGCCGGCAGUGUUUAUUGGUCGAGCUCACAAUCGUGUGUUUGUGUGUUGCUGUGUGUGGGUGACAGAAAAUUAAAACCAGUAAAAUAAAUGAGAAAUUAAAUUUGAUUUGAAGGGUUUUCAGAUUCCUCCCCCUCUGAGAUGUGUUGGAAAUCUUUAACUGUGGGGUUUUUUUCUUCCUUGAAAAUCAAAGUAAUUGUGGGGAAUUUGUGUAAAAAUAGCUGGUUUUAGUACAUUUGAGAGGGGGAGUGGGUGUGACUACAAGUCUCCAAGGGGACUAAAAAAAAAAUUCUUUUAAAUUUGUGU